AUGAUACUCUACUACACCCGCGUAUUAAACAAAUUUAAAUCAACACAUGUUCUUUCGAGUUACACUUUUCUCCGUCACUACACAUUUUCCCAUUCUCAACUUCAACCGUUUGAUUCAUACAAAACAUCUUCUUCCUUAACCGAUGCCAAUAACCUUCAUUUACAAAUCUACAAAACCGGUUUCACCAAUGAUGUUUUCACCUGCAACACUCUCAUCAACAUAUACGUUAGAAUUGGAAAUUUGGUUUCCGCACAGAAACUGUUCGAUGAAAUGCCGCAAAAGAAUCUUGUUUCUUGGUCUUGUUUAAUUUCAGGUUACACACAAAACGGGUUGCCUGAUGAAGCAUGUUAUCUAUUCAAAGGGAUCAUUUCUAAUGGUUUGUUACCUAAUCAUUAUGCCAUCGGUAGUGUUCUUCGAGCUUGCCAGCAAUGUGGUCCGACUAGGCUUAAACUUGGGAUGGGAAUUCACGCGUUUAUUUGUAAAUCUCCGCAUGGUUUGGACAUGGUUUUGUCUAAUGUGCUUAUGUCAAUGUAUUCCAGUUGUUCUGAUUAUGUCGGUGAUGCUCGGCGUGUUUUUGAUGAAAUUGAGUUUAGAAGCUCUGUUACGUGGAAUUCUAUAAUUUCGGUUUAUUGUCGAAGGGGGGAUGCUGUUAAUGCUUUUGAGCUAUUUUCCGGAAUGCAGAUGGAAGCUGUUGAGCUUAAUUUAAAGCCUAAUGAAUAUACAUUGUGUAGUUUAGUAACUGCUGCGGGUUCUCUGGUUGACUGUGGACUGGUUUUGCUUGAACAAAUGCUGACUAGAAUUGUGAAAUCCGGAUUUUUACAUGAUUUGUAUGUUGGCAGUGCUUUGGUUAAUGGGUUUGCAAGGUAUGGUUUAAUGGGUUGCGCUAAAAUGAUUUUUGAGCAGAUGUAUGAUCGUAAUGCGGUGACUAUGAAUGGGUUAAUGGUUGGAUUGGCAAAGCAGCACCAGGGUGAAGAAGCGGCAGAAGUAUUUAAGGAAAUGAAGGAUUUAGUGGAAGUAAACUCGGAGUCUUAUGUGGUUCUUUUGAGUGCUUUCACUGAAUUUUCGAAUGUAAAGGAAGGGAAGAGAAAAGGUCAAGAAGUUCACGCAUACCUGAUUCGUGACGGUUUGGUUGAUUCUCGGAUUUUGAUUGGAAAUGCGCUUAUCAAUAUGUAUGCAAAAUGUGAUGCCAUUGAUAAUGCUUGCUCAAUUUUUAAACUCAUGCCUAGUAAAGAUACUGUCUCUUGGAACUCUAUGAUCUCUGGCCUUGACCAUAAUGAGCGAUUUCAGGAUGCAGUUACUUGUUUUCAUACAAUGAGGAGAAAUGGAAUGGUGCCCUCAAAUUUCUCAGUUAUUAGUACUUUGAGUUCGUGUUCAAGCCUGGGUUGUAUAACGUUAGGACGACAGAUACAUGGUGAAGCGAUCAAGUGGGGGCUUGAUUUGGAUGUUUCAGUUUCAAAUGCGCUCUUAACAUUAUAUGCUGAAACUGAUUCUAUCAAUGAAUGUCGGAAAGUUUUCUUUCUAAUGCCAGAAUAUGAUCAAGUUUCUUGGAAUUCUUUUAUUGGUGUGCUAGCAAAUUAUGAGGCAUCAGUUUUACAGGCUGUAAAAUAUUUCUUGGAGAUGAUGCAAGCUGGAUGGAGACUUAAUAGAGUGACGUUUAUAAAUAUCUUAGCGGCAGUUUCUUCUCUUUCAGUUUUAGGAUUAGGCCGUCAAAUCCAUGCUUUAAUCUUAAAAUAUUCUGUUGCAGAUGACAAUGCUAUUGAGAAUGCACUUCUAGCUUUCUAUGGAAAGUGCGAGCAGAUGGAGGACUGUGAGACUGUCUUUUCUAGAAUGUCUGAGCGAAGAGAUGAAGUAAGCUGGAAUUCAAUGAUUUCUGGAUACAUACACAAUGGCAUCCUGCACAAGGCCAUGGAUUUGGUAUGGUUUAUGAUGCAAAGGGGUCAGAAGUUGGAUGGUUUCACAUUUGCCACUGUUCUCAGCGCAUGUGCUUCAGUUGCAACAUUAGAACGUGGUAUGGAAGUUCAUGCAUGUGCUGUAAGAGCUUGUUUAGAAGCUGAUGUUGUUGUUGGAAGUGCACUAGUUGACAUGUAUGCAAAAUGCGGAAAGAUAGACUAUGCUUCAAGAUUCUUUGAGUUGAUGCCUAUAAGGAACAUAUAUUCGUGGAAUUCAAUGAUUUCAGGCUAUGCACGCCAUGGACAUGGACAAAAAGCUCUAAAGCUUUUUACACGAAUGAAACAACAUGACCAAUCACCAGAUCAUGUCACCUUUGUCGGGGUUCUAUCAGCUUGUAGUCAUGUAGGGUUAGUUGAUGAAGGAUUUAAGCAUUUCAAAACAAUGGGUGAAGUGUAUGGAUUGACUCCUCGAAUAGAACACUUUUCUUGCAUGGUUGACCUUCUUGGAAGAGCAGGUGAUGUUAAUAAGAUAGAGGACUUCAUCAAAAAAAUGCCAAUGGAUCCUAAUAUCCUUAUUUGGAGAACAGUUUUAGGAGCAUGCAGCCGAGUUAAUGGCCGUAAUACAGUGUUAGGGAGGAGGGCUGCCAAGAUGCUUAUCGAGUUAGAGCCACAAAAUGCUGCGAAUUAUGUGCUUCUUUCUAACAUGCACGCUGCUGGUGGGAAGUGGGAAGAUGUCGCAGAGGCUAGGUUGGCAAUGAGGAAAGCAGCAGUGAAGAAAGAAGCUGGGUGUAGUUGGGUCAACAUGAAAGAUGGAGUUCAUUUGUUUGUAGCUGGAGAUCAAACACACCCUGAAAAAGAAAAAAUCUAUGAGAAGCUGAAAGAGCUUAUGAACAAAAUGAGGGAUGCUGGAUAUGUGCCUGAAACCAAAUAUGCACUUUAUGAUCUUGAGCUUGAAAACAAAGAAGAACUCCUCAGUUAUCAUAGUGAAAAACUAGCAAUUGCUUUUGUUCUCACUCGCAAAUCGGAAAUGCCAAUUAGGAUAAUGAAGAACCUUAGAGUUUGUGGUGACUGUCACACUGCUUUCAAAUACAUAUCAAAGAUUGUUAAUCGACAGAUAAUAUUACGAGAUUCAAAUCGGUUUCACCAUUUCGAUGGUGGCAUUUGUUCUUGUGGGGAUUACUGGUGA